AUGACAGAGGAUGACGACCUUAAAUCCUAUAGCCGAGACGUGAUAGUAGAAACAGGUAUAAGUGCGUCGGAGGAUUCCGCCAGUAAUGAAUGGCAUGAUCGUGUAUUAGAUAUAUUCGCGGGCUAUGAACAUUAUUUGAAAAGAUCAAAUGACCUAAGAGAAGGACUUCGACGUUCUCUUAAAGAAGGACGAAUUGCAAAGUCGCAGAAAAUGUUUCUGGACUGGUGUAUUGAGCACACUGGCAACAUCCCAACAAGUGAUGAGUUAAUCUUAACAGAGAGUGACACUACCACACAGCAAGAGAAUCUUGGAUUACUCGCAUGUUCACCAGGACCGACAGCAACACCAGCAGAAACAACUGCAACAGAAUCUAAAACAGAUUCAGGAACUGGUAUUGGUGGUGGUGGCGGAGCAGGAGGUGGUGACCCACCAUUCCCGUCAACAUCGGCAGGUCAAAUAGCUCCGACCCAACGAACGGUAGCUAUUAUAUUGAACUGGAACUCAGAAAUUGGAAAUACAAUCUUAAAUGCUUUGGCAUUAGCUGCACAAUUUGACACAUUUCGCUCAAUUUUUCCCACAGUUGUGACAUAUUUAUAUUUGCUAGGCCGAAUGAAAAUUACUAAAAUUGAAAGAAGUUCCCUCAGAAUAACAGUGAGAUGUCCACAAUGGGCCUCACUAAAGGAUUUGUGGGCUGAUAUGUGGUCUGGUAAAUUAGCCAGAAAAUUCAAAAAAGAUAUUGAAACUACAGAUUUGUUCCAAGAGGCAUGCAAAGAAAAUGCAAACAUUACACCAUUCAAAGUAAAUAUUGAGUCAUGGGAAUACAGAAAAUGUGAAGCUGAACUGAAGUACAUUCUGAGAGGUACUGAUAGACGCACUGAUGGUGGAGCUGCCUGGAAUGGAGGCUCAGACGAAGAAUUGACAGAUUCAGAUUCAGAUACAGAUUCAGAUACCAUUUCAGAUUCAGACCCCAAUACAUCUUCAAGUAGUUCGUUGACAGCACUACAACAAAGACAAAGAGAAAUUGAUCUUGAGAGACAGCAAAACCAAGAAGACGAAUGGUUCCACGGAGUUCAGUCUGAAACAGAAUCUGAGGCGACUUCUAUGGAUGAAACAGACGAUGAUGAUGAAGAUCUUCUAGACAACCUUGAAAUGAGAUUGUGGCUGGCGAUGCAAGUCAGAUACGAAUCAGAAAGAAUUCGGCAAAUUCCGGAAGAAUAUCGACAACACAUCUUUGAAAUGGAAAGAAGACCUUCAAGUGAUUUACCAACGUUUAAUUUGAGAAGAUUUGUUGUAGAAGAUACAAUUAGCCGCGAUUCUUCCCAGGUGUUUAUGUGUCAGGAGAAAAUGAAGGAACUCGGCCUUAUAAGCAACGAUAUUGUUUUGUUGAGGAGCAAAAAUCGCCGCAGUACAGUAUGUAAUGUUGUAGCUGACAAAACAUUGGAACUAUCUAAGGUCAGACUUAACUACCAUGCCAGAAAAAGUCUGAAAGUGUUUCUCGGUGGUUUUGUGCGGGUUGUACCGUGUAGAGACAUCGUCAAUGCUGACAGAAUACAUAUUAUACCUUAUGGUAAUUCCAAACAUAGAUACACACGUAGACCUCUAUUUGAUAAUUACUUGAAACCCUAUUUCAAUGAAAGACACAGACCUAUUCAUGAAAAGGAUGUAUUUAUGGUCAAUGACAUGGAGUUUCAAGUUAUACAUACCGAUCCAUCGCCGUAUUGUAUUGUGACAUCGAAUACGGAGAUAUAUUGUGAUGGCCAGCUCCCAAGAGAAGUGGAAGACUACUAUUCACUGGACAGAGUUGGAUAUGAUGAUAUCGGUGGUUAUACACAACCCAUGCGCGAAGUCAGAGAAAACAUGGCAAAUGCAUUGGCACCAAGAGGAGGAGUGUUGGGUAGAAUGGGUGCCACGCCAACAUAUGGAAUACUAUUAACCGGCCCUUCUGGUUCUGGCAAAACGAUGAUUGGUAAAUCACUAGCGAAUGAGACUGACGCUUCCAUAAUGUUUAUUGAUGGACCCGAUAUUGUGAGUAAAUGUGCUGAGGCAGGAGUGUCUGUCCUGGAAUUAGUGUUCAUAGACGCUGAGAAAAACCAACCGUCUAUUGUAUUUAUCGACGCCAUUGAUGGUUUAGCAGGAAAAGAUGACAUAGCCCAUAGUGAUGUUCAAAUGAAGUGUGCAUCUUUUUUGGGAACCCGGAUGGACCGAAUACAUAACAACUUAAGUCGCGUUGUGGUCAUUGGCGCCACCGAAAAUUCAAGUCGCCUGGAUCCGAGGCUCAGAAGGUUUGGUCGUUUCAGUAAAGAGAUACUCAUAGGCAUGCCUGAUACUAAUGACAGAUUACGAAUUUUGAAAAUCCAUACAAGAGAAAUGAAGUUAGCUGACGAUGUUGAAUUGAAACAGGUUGCUUAUGAUGCACAUGGAUACACAGGUGCUGAUUUGGCUGGUCUUUGUUCUGAAGCUGCCAUGCACCACUUGCGUAAGAAAAUGGGUUUACUACAUGUACAAGAUAAGAAUGAUGAUUUGAAGGACCAGGAGGCCAUGGCUGGUAUAGGGAAUCUAGAAACGGUUGAGGUUGUCAGUGGCACACCUAGUACAGGAUUUGCAGACCAAUACGACAUACUAGACGAGUUGGCUAUGCAAAUGCAAGCUGUUGAUUUGAAUGCUGAGAGUGCAACAACCAUCAACAACCUAGCUAUUACCAUGAAAGACUUUCAAUAUGCCAUGAGUAAAAGUGGUCCAAGUAUUUUACGUGAGCGUGUUGCACAAAUCCCCAAAAUCUCAUGGCAAGAUAUUGGAGGGCUUGAAGAAGUAAAAAAAGAGCUCAGAGAGUUCGUGCAAUAUCCUAUCAACUAUCCUGAACAAUACGCGAAGUUUGGUUUAUCCCCAUGUCGUGGCAUGUUAUUGUACGGACCUCCAGGAUGCGGCAAAACACUGCUAGCCAAAGCAGUAGCCAAUGAAUGCAGAGCUAAUUUCCUAUCUGUCGGAGGCCCAGAGCUAAUGGCAAUGCCGUUUGGACAUACAGCCAUGGACAACGUCAAAGACCUGUAUAAUAAGGCGCGUCUAGCAUCACCAUGUAUACUAUUCUUCGAUGAGAUGGACUCAAUUUCCGCUAAUAGAGAAGCCUCUGGUUACAGUGGAGCUGAUAUUAUUGUCAACCAACUGCUCAUGGAAAUGGAUGGAAUAACUACCACUAGCAAUGUAUUUGUAAUAGGUGCAACAAACAGACCCGACUUGAUUGACAGUGCUAUUUUGAGACCCGGUAGGCUUAGUCAACUUAUUUACAUUAGAUUACCAGACGAAUCGUCACGCUAUUUAAUUUUGAAAGCUAUACUUCGACAUUCACCGGUUGCUAGGGAUGUAAAUUUAAAGUUAUUAGCUGUCCGCACCGAGGGAUAUAGUGGUGCUGAUUUGGCCUGUAUAUGUAAAAGAGCUGGUCAAAUAGCGAUCCGAGAAAAUAUCGAAGCUGAAAAGAUAAGAGAAGAAUGGAGAGCUGAACAGCGUCGCCUCCGUAAGAAAUUUAUCGAUGCGUGCCCAAUCACCGAGAUCAGUACCAGACAUUUCGAGGAAGCAUUAAGAGUAGUCCGGAGGUCAGUCACAGACAAUGAUAUCAAAUUGUACGAAAGCUUUUCGCAGAAUCUUCAGAAGACAAUGACUUUCCAGAGAAAGAAGUCUUCACAUGAGCUCGGACUUGUUCGACGUAUACCGAACACUGACGAGGAUCAUUUACUCAUUGAGAGCUGA